UCUCUAUUGUGAUCAAACCACACGAGGUGAAGAACCACAGGAACAUAAAGCAUCCGAAACACUGGAAACUUAAACCGAAAACAUCAUUUUUCAUUAUAGUCGCAAAGAUCUUUAGAUCAGGAGCUCAUUGACUACACAACUCUGAACAACUCACACACAGAACUGUGGGAUAUCGACGGCUUCCUCCAUGGAACCUACCAGAUCAGAGAUGAGUAUCCUACCCAAUGGGAAAGGUCAUGACCUCGGAGAGGAAAUGUGCGUGCCAAUGAAGACUAUGAUGGAGGAAGAACAGACCCUCUCACACUCUCUAUCAACCCUCAGAAACGGUAUCCAUCACGGCAGAUUCGAUGACCCUGAGAGCACACUCGCUGAGAACAUUGAGUUCCUGCCCAACGGCAAUGGCAAGAAGCCACGUUUUACUGAUUUUGAGGGGAAGACCUCUUUUGGCAUGUCAGUCUUCAAUUUGGGCAAUGCCAUUAUGGGCAGUGGGAUUUUGGGAUUGGCCUACGCUAUGGCCAAUACUGGCAUACUGCUUUUCUUGUUUCUCCUCACGGCUGUAGCUGGUCUGUCCUGCUAUUCUAUUCACCUCCUGCUGAAGUCUUCUGGUAUUGUUGGAAUCAGAUCAUACGAACAGCUGGGAUUCAGGGCCUUCGGAAUGACAGGGAAGAUGGCGGCCGGAAUUGCCAUCACUCUUCAAAACAUUGGAGCCAUGUCCAGUUACUUAUACAUCGUCAAGUCAGAGUUCCCACUGGUCCUGCAGGCGUUUUUGAGAACAGAUACCAGUUCAGGGGAGUGGUAUCUCAAUGGCAACUACUUGGUGGUGCUCGUGUCUUUCUCUGUCAUCCUGCCAUUGGCUCUAAUGAAACAGCUGGGUUACCUUGGUUAUUCCAGUGGCUUUUCACUCAGCUGCAUGGUGUUCUUCCUUAGUGCAGUCAUCUAUAAGAAGUUCCAGAUCCUGUGCCCAUUCGAGGAGUUCACGGCCAAUAGCACGCUGGCUCACGCACAUUCAAACGUAUCCACUAACCACGCCCACAGCUACCAUAACGGACAUGUGAUGGCGGAUGACUCCCACUGCAGCCCGCAGAUGUUCACUGUGAACUCACAGACUGCAUACACCAUCCCCAUUCUGGCAUUUGCUUUCGUCUGCCACCCUGAGGUCCUACCCAUCUACACUGAGCUUCGCAACCCAACUCAGAAGAAGAUGCAGCACGUUUCCAACAUUUCCAUCCUGAUCAUGUACACUAUGUACUUCCUAGCUGCUCUCUUUGGGUACCUAACAUUUUACACUAACGUUGAGCCUGAGCUUCUGCACACCUACAGCAGGAUCGACCCCUACGACACUCUCAUCCUCUGUGUGCGUUUGGCUGUGCUGACCGCCGUCACCCUGACCGUGCCCAUCGUUCUGUUCCCAGUACGGAGAGCCAUUCAAGAGAUGGUGUUUCCUAAUAAGACCUUCAACUGGAUCCGACACAUCGCCAUAGCCGUCAUUCUCCUGACUUUCAUCAACAUGCUGGUCAUCUUUGCCCCAAACAUCCUGGGCAUCUUCGGCAUCAUUGGUGCAACAUCCGCUCCAUGCCUUAUCUUCAUCUUUCCUGCUGUCUUCUACAUCCGUAUUGUUCCGAAGGAUAAGGAGCCAAUGCGAUCUACCCCCAAAAUCUUUGCUGCCUGUUUCGCUGGACUGGGCGUGUUGUUUAUGACAAUGAGCUUGAGCUUCAUAAUCAUUGAUUGGACAACAGGCAGCGGCAGUGCUCUGGGUGGCCACUAGGAGACAAACUCUGAUGAACGUUUGUACAUGGCUUUGUAUGUAUGCGAGUGCGUGCCGUACGUGUAGUUAGUGAUGUAACAUACUGGAAGAUGAUCUGAUUUAUUUUUAUCUGUAUUUUUCUGCCUGUUAUGACGCAGAAAAUACACCGUCCCACUGUAGGAAGGGAAAGGUGUGGGGGACCCGAAACAACAUCCCAUUUUCCACAGAUAACCUGCCAUCAGACAAUGGGGAAAAAUGGCUUUAUUUUUAAACACUUUUGAUAAAUUCAGACUGAUGUUAUAUAUGUUUUAAGGUCAAACAUGCUGACCAUUUCAAUUAUUUAUUCAAGUUUUCGUACUACAUCCUCACUUAGGAAUAUGAAAUAUGCUGUUAGGACUCAUAAUUCGCUCUGUUUUAUCAAUCCCGAUCCCUUAUACUUGACAGGACUGUACUGUAGAAACACAGAAUCGCAUCCUUCUAGAUUUCUUUGAAGUGACAGCAAAUGCUUUGUACAAUAGUGUCAUAUAUCAGAUUGUAAUCUGUGUAUUACUUCGCCCAUAGAACAAGUAGAUUGAAGAAGUUACGCUAGCUAGAUGGGUCGGUAGAUGGUUUACUCUCCAGCGGGCUUUGGACAAUCAACGAGUCACAUCACCACCUAUUUCAGUGUGCCAAAGCAAAGGAUUUCCAUUUAUUAAACUAUCAUAAUGUAUAUUUUCUGUUUUCCUAAAGUAUGCACAGUAGCCAUAGAAAGCAAGGCUUGCCUUGAUCACAUGGAGAUUUAAACAGUGAGAAAGGUAUUUAUUUAAAUGUAUCGAAUAUAUUUUGCAGUUCACUGGAUGAGUAUUAGUGUGUUCUAGUAUUAACGUGUACAUUAACCGUGUCCUUUAUCGUUUUUGUGUGUAUCGCGUUGAAGAUCUUAAUGGGAUCCUCAAGGCCAUUUACGCAAAAGCUAGAUAAGGACUUCAUACAGUAUACAUACACAAAACUAUUUUUUUUUUUACUUGAAGCAGACGUAAUAUCCCCUGUAUUAGAAUUCAAACGAUCACAUUAAGUGAUUUCGUUUGGAAGCUGCUUUGGAAGAAAUAUGAAAAGGGUUGUAAAUGUUUUAUUUUUUCACAUCUGUGUUUACCUUGUUUUACAGUUAAUUUUCUUGUAAUCUGAGUAUUUAUGGACCCUGCUUUCGGUAUUAGCAGUAGAUGAUGAACCAGCUGAAAUGUUGAAACGGGAAAGACAUCGGUAUUUUUUGUUAGUUUGAAGGAAACCGUAUCAUUAUUCUGUGUUUGAAAUCUCUCGAUCUUAUUCGGUGCUUUCAAAACUGUAAUGCGUUCAGAUUCUGCCAAAAUACUGGGCUGUGCAAUCCUGGUGUACAGUAAGUUGUGCUAAUAUGAUGUGCUGACUGAUGACUAGCUGGGUUGGUAGUGGCAGAUAUUGGUAAACCAUGAGCAAACAUGAGCUAUUCUGCAACAGAUGUGAGUAUCACCACAUUAAUGACAGAAAUUAUUCGAUGAGAAACAGACUUCAUAUGAAUUGACAUGGUAUUGACUAUGUGACACAAAGUGAACUUAAUGCUGGAGAUUUAAGUACAAUGCCAGUGGUCCCCAAUUGUCACCAUUUAACCCUAAAACGGUAUACUGGACAAAUGUGGGCAAAAUAGUUUUGAUUUUUUUUUU